GUGCGUCCCAGGCUCCAUGUUUGGGAGGUGGGAGGGGGCAGAGGAGCAAGACAGGAGCUACAUAAGAGCUUCACAGGCCAGCCAGGGCCACACCAUCACCAAGUGGCUAAACCCCCGGCCCAGCACUGUCAGGUGAUUGUCUCCUGUUUGGAGUGAAGAAGGAAAUCCGAGUCGAACAAAAUGUGUGACGACGAAGAGAGCACCGCCCUGGUAUGCGAUAACGGAUCAGGACUGUGUAAGGCAGGCUUCGCCGGGGAUGACGCCCCCCGAGCCGUGUUCCCCUCCAUCGUGGGUCGUCCCAGACACCAGGGUGUGAUGGUGGGUAUGGGACAAAAAGACAGUUACGUUGGUGAUGAAGCACAGAGCAAAAGAGGUAUCCUGACCCUUAAAUACCCAAUCGAGCACGGCAUCAUCACAAACUGGGACGACAUGGAAAAAAUCUGGCAUCACUCCUUCUACAAUGAGCUUCGUGUUGCCCCUGAGGAACACCCUACCCUGCUGACAGAGGCCCCCCUCAACCCCAAAGCCAACAGGGAGAAGAUGACCCAGAUCAUGUUUGAGACCUUCAACGUUCCAGCCAUGUACGUAGCUAUUCAAGCGGUGCUAUCCCUCUAUGCCUCUGGUCGCACAACAGGCAUUGUCCUUGACUCUGGUGAUGGUGUCACCCACAAUGUGCCCAUUUACGAGGGCUAUGCUCUCCCCCACGCCAUCAUGCGUUUGGACUUGGCCGGCCGUGAUCUCACUGACUACCUCAUGAAGAUCCUGACUGAACGUGGCUACUCAUUCGUUACCACUGCUGAAAGAGAAAUUGUCCGUGAUAUCAAGGAGAAGCUGUGCUACGUUGCGCUGGACUUUGAGAAUGAGAUGGCCACUGCUGCCUCCUCCUCCUCUCUGGAGAAAAGCUACGAGCUUCCUGAUGGUCAGGUCAUCACCAUUGGCAACGAGAGGUUCCGCUGCCCUGAGACCCUUUUCCAGCCAUCCUUCAUUGGUAUGGAAUCUGCUGGUAUCCAUGAAACCACUUACAACAGCAUCAUGAAGUGUGACAUUGACAUCCGUAAGGACCUGUACGCCAACAACGUCCUGUCUGGCGGUACCACCAUGUAUCCCGGUAUUGCUGACAGGAUGCAGAAGGAGAUAACUGCCCUGGCCCCCAGCACCAUGAAGAUCAAGAUCAUUGCCCCACCAGAGAGGAAAUACUCAGUGUGGAUUGGUGGCUCCAUCCUGGCCUCCCUCUCCACCUUCCAGCAGAUGUGGAUCAGCAAGCAGGAGUAUGACGAGGCUGGCCCUUCCAUCGUGCAUCGCAAAUGCUUCUAAACUAGCAAACUCCACAAACCUCCCCGCGCCCCCGAAACCCUUCUAAAAUCUGCUCUUGCUUCUUGGCCUGUAAACUGUGAAUGUAUCCUCUGGUUUCCUUCCCUCCUCUUGUUUUGUCUUUGCACUGCCCACACCUGUGUGAAUGUUUGAUUUUUUUUUUUCGUCAUUGAUUAUUUUUGUUACAUUGGAUGAGAAAAGCUUGAACAUGCCGCCAAUAAUGAACAGAUUGGGAAGAUUCCUGGGGUUGGUGAGGCCCCAGUUAGGAGGGAGAAAGAAAGAGCGAGAGCGAGAGUGAGAGAAAGAAAAUAAACGCAAAGUGUUCUGUAACAGUUCAGAAAGAAACAGAGUUCAUGUUCUCCCUCCGUGUUCAAAAUGCAAUAAGAUAACCCUCGCAUGUGUUUUCUUCACUGCUGUGGGCUUUGAGGCAGUUUGUGCGGAUAUCUAUAUGAUAAGCCCAGGAACGAAUAAAGCUCUGCAUUCAGAAA